AUGACAAAUAAUACAGAAUUUACUGAUACAAUUUCUUGGGAUCAUCCUAUUUUCAAACCAGAAGACAAACGAUACUGGCUAUAUGUUGGUCUUGGUUGUCCAUAUUCCCAUAGAGCUCUAUUAGCUCGAGCAUUGAAAGGUUUAGAGAGCACUAUCGGUUUGACUGUAACUCAUUGGGAAAAGGGGCCAAAUGGAUGGAAAUUUAUGCAGCUCAAGGACGGUGAUAACCCAAAGAAAGAUACACCUUUUGAAAUAUGUGGUGGCGUUAUUUUGCCUAAUAAAGAUGAAACAAACUCAUUUCUAGAUUGUACACCUGGCACUGAAAGAAUGUAUAUUGAUGGUACGUUUGAUCCAUUCAAUGGAUUUAAGGAUUUAAAAGAUUUAUAUUUACAAAGCAACCCCAAUUUCACAGGUGCUCUUUCUAUUCCUGUCCUAUAUGAUACAAAGACUAAAAAAAUUGUUAAUAACCAAAGUGGUGAUAUAAUUGAAAUAUUAAAUAGUGGUGUAUUUGACAAAUGGUCAAACCCUAAUACAAAAAAAAUUGAUUUAUUGCCUGAAGAAUUUUCUAAAGAAAUUGAAGAAUUUCAUUCAUGGGCUUAUCCAAAUAUUAAUUCUGGUGUUUAUAAGACAGGCUAUUCCAAGACUCAGGAAGACUAUGAAACAAAUUUACAUAAAUUAUUUGAUAGUUUGAAAAAAGUUGAAGAAAUAUUAAAAAACCGUUACGAAGUCUUAGUCAAAAAGUACGGUAAAGAUAAUGAAAAGGAAAUUUUGAGAAAUUUUUUCAUUAUCACUGAUCAUAUUACUGAAUCAGAUAUUACUCUAUUUGCUCCACUUAUCAGAUUUGAUGCAAUUUACUUUAAUUAUUUGAAAACUAAUUUGGGAGCUAUAAGAUAUGAUUUCCCAUGUAUUCAUCUUUGGUUAAGAAAUUUAUACUGGAAUUAUAAAGAAUUUCAAUUAACGACCAAUUUUAAACAUAUUAAAUUAUUUUAUUCAUUUAUGCCCAAUGGAUUAAACCCAAACAAGACUGUAGCAUUAGGCUUUAGACCAGAUAUCAAACCAUUGGAAGAUUAA